AUGCACCAGGAUGGCUACUACCUUCAGCCUUCUCCACUUGUGAAUGGUUCGUUGGAUCAGGAGCCUCAAAGGCAGCUCCCAGCUAUGCCCCCUCGAGGUGGCGACGGGCUGCCACUGCUUGCUGCCAUUAUCUCAGCCUUUGUCCUGCUGGCGAUCUGCAUUGUGCUUGUAGUUCACUUUGGGCCUACGCUGCACCAGGGCCACGCUACCCUCCUCACAGAGCCUCCAGCCCUAAAGCCAGAGAACGGCAUUUACCUCAUUCGCUGGCGGCUGCUAAGCUUACAGGAUAGUCACAGAGAAGGCCACCAGGGACUUCAUAUUCCUCAUUCUGGCCCUGCCCUAGACAGGCACAGGCCCAGCAUCGAUGAAGUCACGUAUCUGUAG